CCGACGCCUUUAUUUCGUGAAGACACAAUCAAAACGAGUGAAGUGCAGACUUGUGUGGUGGAAUAAUUCACCAUUGUAUUGUUUACUUGAGUAAUGCAAUGUGCCAUUAUUUCACGAAUUAGAUUUAGGUAAAUGUAGAUUUAUAUUGUCAACAAAGCAUCCAUAAAGUAUAACAUAUAUAAGUAAUUUAGAGCGUUACAUUGUAAUAGGCCUAACGUUAUACGAUAUGCUAUUUCUAAACUAUCAACGUGUAAGCGGCGUUUAAAUGCUUUUUCUGGUUACGGGGGAGAGAUUUUUAUUUUCUUAAAAAAACAGAUUUAGACAGGUUAUAAUCAGAUUAAGAUUAUUUGAUAACCGUGUGGUUGAGUAGGAUUGAGUUGGGAGUACAUUUUGAAAAUAACACAUGGAAUCAUCUGGAGGAUUUCUUGUCAGCUAUCUGUAUCAUAAAUUGCAAACAGAAUAUAAGUUAAUGUGUGGCCUCCAAAUCAUUCCAUAGAAAAAUGACAUGGUGUGUUGGCCUAUAUAAAACGUGUAUGAGCUCAGUAACCAGUAAUUAUAGCUGGCGUGUACAAUGCAUGACCAGUGUACUAUUGGAAAUGUCAUCGUUGGAUAUUAUAGCAUUAAAUCCAAAUACUUCACUAAAUAUAGUUAUUUCCCAUCACUGUCAGUAUAACAGACAUAAAUAAAGCAUAUGGCAAUGUUGAAUUUUUAAUGCAACACCUCCCCUGCUGAGCAGCUCACUGGCCUUUCAGAUGUUGUAGGUUUCCAUAACUACAGCACCGAGAAACACUCUGCUGGGAUCAGCUCUGCCUCUGCUUCGAUAAAAACAAUACCUAAAUGCCAAACUUUCUAAUUGUUUUACACAGGGGCACAAAUUUAAGAUCCACCGCAGUCAGUAAUGCUUUUUGAAAAAAACACCAAUGAAGUGAAAUAAAUGGAAAUGGAGAGGUUUUCAUUAUAGGCUACUGAACACAACCAUCAACAAGAUUCCAAAACAGUGAUCACCAAUGGCAACCACAGGUAAUGUUAAACGGAGCAUAGGCUUUGUAGAGAUUGAAACUUGAAGGUACCUUAUUCCUUUUUAUUGUUGUUAUAGAUGAUUUAGAAGGUAGCUUAUUACCUUCUUGCAGUUGUAUUACAUCUGGGUUUACUUUUAAAUAAUCUUUCCAUCUCAUUUUGUUCUACAAUAAAAUCUAAAUGAUAGACUGGUACAUUAUAUGACAUGUGUAUUUUUGGAAUAAUUAUUAUUUUGUCAUGUCUUAUUAUUUUUCAUAAUACUUUCAUUUUCACUUACAGAAUAGUAAUUAUUCAUUCUAAUGGUAGAUGUUUCCAUAGAAGAUAAACAGUGGUGGGAUCCAUAUGAAACAUCUCAUAAAAGACAAUUUGUCUACCGGCCAGCUGCAGAGAUUCUGGUGUGCCCAACGUCCACUUCAUUUAUAGACUCCUCUUCACAGUCUGGACCUAUUGGUUCAACACUGUACAACAAGGACUUUUGCUGGAAGCCACCCUGUAAACCUGAAUGCAUUCGAACAGGAACAGCCUCAGGGCAGAGGAGAAACAACCCGCAUCCCAGUCAGUCAUUCAUGAAGUGGAGGCUGCCUAGGGAUGCCGCACGGAGCUCUGAGUACGUCGGCUUCCCAUGGAAAUGUCCCCCAUCUGAGGGGGAGAUCCGUAAGGCCCUGACAGCACAGUACAGCUCCAUCUACAGAUGUGACUACAUGAGACAUGAUCAUCUUAUUGAUGGAGAAAGAAGACCUGCACCUCGGCACAGCAGGCCUGAAAAGAUACUUUCUACUGAUACAGAGAUGAGGGACAAUUAUCGCCAGCCAAAGCAAAAGCUUGAACUGCUGGGUAACUCCUCUCUCUACAGCUGCCCACAUCCUAACGUGACAUGUCGUGGGAUAGUUCCAACUGUUGUGCAGAGACACACUCAGCAGAAAACAUCAUAUUUGACAAACUACGACCAGUUUUGUGGGAAGAAACUCAGUAAUGUCACAAAUAUGAUCAAGUCUCUGCUGCCCCAGGAGCUGCAGCAGUUGCACACAACUUCACCCAAGGAGGAAAAGGAGGCUGUAAAAACAGUCAUGAGUAUAAAUGCUUACCCAAACAACAGGGAGAAAGUGAAUGAACUCCCGCCAGUUGUGCUUGAUUCCUGCUCACCAAAGUGGAUAUCAAGUUGGCCAGGACCCCUCUAAGUCUUACUGUUUAUGGUAGUUUGAUAAUCUGUCAUUUAUUUUCCGUUUUUAUGUCAUUUUGUGCGUCCACUGGCGUCGAUAAUAAUAACAAUAUAACAUAACACAUUGUAAGUAACGGUGUGUCUCUGAAUUAAUUUUACUUGUCAUUUUUUGUGUGGAACUCGUGUGUUGUCAUAAUUCUAGCCUUUUUUGUAAUUGCUGAUACACUAAAAUAACAUAAAGCACAAUGAUUGAAUCUGACACAAAAGGAAAUCUUUGCUCAAGAUACAAAAAACUCGAAAGUCAAAACACAUAUUCUGCUUUGUACCCAAUUCUUUCAACAACAAUGAAAGACAACAUUGAGGCCUGUUUUCAAAAAAUGUGUAUUAGCAAUUGAAGGUUAGUAAUUUAUGCUUUCUUUUUAAUUUUAAUAAAUUCGUUAAAUUCUAUUUUUGUUCUGAUUUUCAAAACCAAAUACAUCCCUUGGAAAUGCG